AGAUAAAUUAGGGUUUAUUGUUUGCGUCUCCUUCCCCCUCCCUUGCUGACUAUUACUCUGACUUGGAGUCUCCCGGCGCCAUUAUUUUAAAACCCAGGUGGUGAGGAGGACAAGCACUAAAUCGCCAGCUGCUUUCUUAUUUGAAGCCUGUUUAAUUCCACUGAGGAAGACUUAAAAGAUGGAGGAACUCAGCGAAGUCUUGAAGAACAAUAGGACGCAAGAUAUCUCUUGGCUUUGCUCUCUCUCAGAACCUGAACUGGAUUUGCUCAUCAGCUUAAAGAAGCUAGCCAUUCAGCGAGCUGAAAUAACUGAUCACUACGAACUAGCUGAUCAUUUUGAUCUCAAGUUGCUCCGCGCUCUUGGGCUUGUGCUAAUGGAAUAUGUAAGAAAAAAGGAUACCUCCCUUGUCCCAAGUGCUGGUCAUCAGCUGAUGGGUUUGGAUAAAUGCAAUCUGUUGAAAACUCAUGUCGAUGAUACAACAAUAGACAUUGAGGAGAUUGUGACUGGAAUAUGCAAAAUCAAAAAGAAAAAGAAGAAGAGAAAACCCAUCAGAUUAAGAAGUAAAUCUCUCAAAAGGAGGCGUUACAAGUAGUUGUGGUUGCGGUGGGGAAGAGAAGACUCUUCAUCCAAUAAUGGAACAUAUAAAGG